AUGGAUUUUACGGCGAGUAAAAUAUGCUGUUGUAAUUAUUUCGGACUAUGUGGAUCAACAACCAAUGAAGACGAAGAUUCAUUUCAUGCAAAUGGAAAUGUACAACAUAUCAUGACGAUUGAAGGUUGGGAAGAGACAUUAAACCAAAACAAUAAGGUAAUUAUAGCGUGUUUUAAGGCUUCAUGGUGCGGACCUUGUAAGAUAAUGGAACCAUUUUACGGAGAUUUGUCACGAAAAUAUGUGUCCCUCUUAUUCGUUAGCAUUGAUAUCGAUGAUGUGCCAGACCUUAGUGAAUCAUUUGAUAUCCAAGCUACGCCUACGUUUUUCUUCUUCUUGGAUAGGCAAGAGAUCGACAAAUUUGUUGGUUCAAACAAAGCAGACUUACAAAAAAAGAUUGUUUCCGCUUCUGGAUUGCAAGGUCGAGGAGAUAACUAG